UUGUUUUGCUUUGGGAUUUGUGUGAACAUUAAGCUAUUCGGUGAUCUAGCGUGCCCUCUAAUGGCGGAAAGAAGAAGUGCCCGGUGAGGUUUGAAGCCAAGACUUGGUUAUAAACUUUUCAAACAUUUCCAUCAAUGCAGUGAAAUGUUUGAUGGAUCAGACCGCUUUUGUGUGACUCAUAUUUUGUUGUUUUUACACUUCAAAGUAUUCAUUAAAAGCGCAUGCAUGCGCAAUUGAACAAACCUCAAGGCCUGAUGAUUGUGUAGUGUUUUUUGACACUGGAGACAAAGUUGUUGAUCCCGUUGGGACAUGGUGACAAGGCCUCAAUUAUCAAGUCCAUGCUUCACUUCACCCCAAAACAAAACUCCCCUCUCGAGGUUGUAAUGCAGGCUUUAAAAAGGGGAAAGCGACUCUUACUUGGCGGGGGCGCCACUAUGCUCUUGAAUGGCACCAUCCCUCUGUCGGUUGAUUUUGACACCCCGGGCGACUUCUUCAUCUUCAUCUUCCACAUCUUAUUCGCCACCAGCGCGUUCCCGGUGGCCGGUUCGGUGGUGGUGGCCAUCGCCUUCAGCCGCUCCCUGCGCGUCCAGAACCGCUUCAUCUUCAUGCUCAACACCAGCAUCAGCGACACCCUGACCGGUUUCUCGGUCUACUACCUGGGCCUCUUUGACGUCCAGGAGGGCUACCCGUCCAGGAACGGGACCUUCUACAUCCUACCGUCCUUCCUGGGCGUCAACUUGCUGACCUUCCUUUUCGCCCAGUUCGACCGCUACCUGGCCGUGUGUCAGCCCUUCUUCUACAACCGCUACAUCAGCAGGUCGCUGGUCAUCGGAGUGUGCGCCUUCUGCUGGAUCUACACUUACUCCAUUCUCACGGUCCAGAACAUGGUGCCCAUCUCCAAGGCGGCCCAGAUUAACGCCUUCGGCGUGAUGACUCUGCAGAUCAUCGUGCUCAUCAAGGUGCUCAUGACCAUCAAACUGUACGUUAUCGCCAGGAACCACCUGGCCAGAGAGCCCCCUAGUGCCGAAAGGGACAACAAGAAGGAGUCUCUGCGCAUCAUCGUCUUCGUGGUCAUCUGCUUCCUGGCCCUCUGGUGCCCCUCGUUCGUCAACAUCAUCGUCAGGCAGCUCACCAGGACUGGGCUCAGGUUCAGGAAUGAGGCCACCAACCUGUUUGCCAUCAUGGCGCGCCUCAACGCGCUGGUCACCCCAGCCCUGUACAUCUGGGGUAGUCCGGCAUUACGAGGCGCCGUGUGGAGGGUUGUGUGGCGGAGGGUGUGCCCCAGACGUAGGGCCAGAAUUGAUUUCAACUGCAGUGGAGUGGCAAAAAGAUGAACAUCAAGGAUGCUGGUAUGAUCUUUUUUUCUUAAUAGUUUCCGAAAAGGUGCCUUUUCAGUUGGAUAUGUUGCACUGUUUACAAAAAUAUGUUUAUUUCAAAUAUUAUUAAAUACUAUAGUGUGACUUUCUUGUUUCAUAUUAAGUGUGUUUUAAAAAGCAUCUGAAUUAGCCCAGAAACAAGACACACUCAAAAAAAGAAUAAAACAGUGACUAAUAUUUUAUAUCAACCUGUUACACACACACACACACACACACACACACACACGCACACAACGUUGGUGAACUUUUAAUUGUAUAGAUUGUGUGGAAAUGGUUGAAAUUAUGUACUGUGCAGUUUACCUUUCAUUUGCCAACAUAAUUCCCUUUUUAUCAAGGAGAAUAUUGUAUGACAUUAUUAUUAUUAUGGAUUUUGCACUGUUUGAGAUGAUUCAUGUCCAUGAUAUUUUAUAUGUGUAGUAUAUUUUUACUGUAAUGUGAAUAAAUUUUAUUUUACACAGAAAUCCACAUCUUAAAUGUAGUAAUUUCAAGGGGAAAAAAACGCAUCACUGUCAUAUUGGACUACACUGCUGAUGGGGAUGUCAUACAACUUCAUGUCCAAAAAUCCAAAUUAUCCCUUUAAUAUGAAGAUUCACUUCCAGACAUGCCAAUAUCCUCUUCCCUGAUGAACCGGAAGCCCACCCCGAUUUUAAAUACUAUUGAGAAACUGAUGAGAUGUAUUUAUUUAUCUUUACUGCCUACCAACAACUGAGCAAGAGAGGAAAUGUUCAUUUCAUGAGCCGAUGGAGUAGAUACAGUAUAAACAUGACAAGUUUACGUUUCUGAUGGUUAGUUUCAAAUAAAUAAUAUAUAAAUAAAUACAUAGCUUUAGUGUCAGAAUGGCAGCGUUCCAUCAUGACAUUCCAUCACAUGUAUCAAGUAAACAAUUCACUGAGUUUCUGACAAUUUAAAGGGACAAGACAAUGUCAAGCGAUUACAUUGUAGUAUAAGCCCAGCUGGUCCACUCGCUCCAGGCUGACUGCACC